UUCCAUCAUCACGCUUCUCUGUCAAUCACAGUCCCGAAAUGUCUCUCAACUAAAACACCGUAUACGACGGAGAACCUUGUUUCGACAGGAAGACAACCGCCACCUCCGUCUCCGUCCUCCGAUAAUACCCUUCAGGGAUGGAUGGGCUUUCCUCGCCGCCUACAUCCCAAAUUCGAACGGAGGCGCUACCGCUUGUCCUCCGCCGCUGCUAAUUUCGCCUCCGCCAUGUCCCCUUCAUCUUCUCUCCUUCCCCGCCUUGUUAUUUUCCUUGCCGCUGUUUGUUUCUCCUGUUUCUUGCUUUACAGGGCAGCUGAUUCCCUCCAAUUCCUCCGGCAUCCCUCCUCUUCCUCUCGUUUCCUCCCCUACAUUUUCCCUUCUCUCUUCGAUGAUUACUCUUCCUCUCCGGCUAACGAGGAAAACAAGCUUCAAAAUAUCCUUAGCAAUGCUGCCAUGAAGGACGGGACUGUUAUUUUGACAACCUUGAAUGAAGCGUGGGCAGCUCCAAGUUCAAUACUUGAUCUUUUCCUUGAAAGCUUCAGGGUUGGAGAUGGAACUCGCAGGCUUUUGAACCACUUGGUUAUCAUUGCCCUGGAUCAAAAGGCAUUUACCCGAUGUCGGCUCUUACAUAACUAUUGCUAUGCUGUAGUCACUGAAGGAGUUGAUUUUCAUCAGGAGGCAUACUUUAUGACCCCUUCCUAUUUGAAGAUGAUGUGGAGGAGAAUUGAUUUCCUGCGUUCUGUUCUCGAAAUGGGUUACAAUUUUGUCUUCACAGAUGCUGAUGUCAUGUGGUUCAGGGAUCCAUUUCCACAGUUUUAUUUGGAUGCAGAUUUCCAGAUUGCCUGUGAUCACUUCUUAGGGAGAUCCGAUGAUUUACAUAAUCGACCAAAUGGGGGUUUUAACUAUGUGAAAUCUAACAAUCGUUCCAUAGAAUUUUACAAAUUCUGGUAUGCUUCACGUGAAGUGUAUCCUGGCCUUCAUGAUCAAGAUGUUCUUAACUAUAUCAAAGCUGAUCCAUUCAUUUUAAGUAUUGGGCUGAAGAUGAGAUUCCUUGAUACUGCUUAUUUUGGUGGGCUUUGUGAACCUAGCAGAAAUUUGAAUCUGGUUUGUACAAUGCAUGCUAAUUGCUGUAUUGGUAUGGACAGCAAGCUUCAUGAUCUUAGAAUCAUGCUUCAGGACUGGAGAAAUUUUAUGUCUCUGCCUCCACCAUUGAAAAGAUUGUCACUAUUGUCCUGGAGAGUCCCACAGAACUGCAGUCUUAGCUCUCUACACAAUUCUGAUUCUCUAGAGAAAAUCAUUGACCGAGGAUCCCUAGCCUGAAGGGCCUUAUACAUGUUAACAUUUAGAAAGUUUUCACUCACAAGCAGAAUAAGAAGUUGAGCUUUUGGUUUUGAUGGGCAUCGGUGAUCUAAUCGGGUCAUGUCCUAUGUUGAUUUUCCUCCCAGCCGAAACCAAUGCCCCAUUCUAUUCCUCUCUCGACAAUGAAAAUGGUUGAUCUUGAGCAAGGGACAAGGAUAGAAGAUUGUGGAUUUUUGUUGACUUGCUACCAUAUAAAUUGGUAUUAAUGGAGAAAAAGUAGAAAAAAUAUAUAGCUAUUGGAGUUCGGGGGACGUGAUGAAAUUGAAACAGUUUUGAUUGUGAUUGCACUUACCGGAUGACUUCUGAAAUAACUGAAAUAGUACAUUGGAUUGAUGCAUGUUGAUAUCAAAGUUGAGCUAAGACUUGUUAAGUUCUUUGUUGAAAUGUGAGAAUUGAGACGGGAGAGAGAUUUCUUGAUAUCAUAGACUGCUUUCAUGGUAAUUUCUAGACUGACCAAUCAUGAACUGUGACA